AUGAGACGGAACUCUAUGGUUAGCAAAGCCGAUGUUGAGGGGAUACGCAAGAGACUGCCACCCGGUGAGCUCUCCAACUUUGAGAUGAGAAUGGUCGCAGAGACCAACCUAUACUGGACGUUAUACGACAACGCAGUCGCCUCUUCGGUCAAUCUUCCUCAAGCCCAAGCAGCGCUACAAUCCUGGAAGCAUGUGUGGGCGUUUCUCUUUGACCAGCCCCGUUCGCAGUUCCUGCAGAUGGGCUACCAUUUUGCACAGCUGCUAGUUUUUGAGCAGAGCCUCAACAACAAAUCUGCGGCUGUCCGUGAGUCCUUACUCUCUGAGAUGGUAAGAUUAUGCUCUGGCAUACUUCAACUGGCAAUGGAGACCUCCGACGAUCGUACCAAACAUCUGACAGAUCACAUCUACCACAUGAUCACUUUUGCCGCAGUCACCCUCGCUCGAUUGCUGUGCAAAUAUGAAUCACAGCUCCAAGUCAGACUCAACAUUCCCGACUGCGACUCGCUGAUCUUGAGCACCAGUACGUGGCUUCGGUCCCUUGGCUCGUCUUUACACGUUGGGCAUACUAUGGGAGAUGUGAUCGAUGCCGCACAUCGCAAGCUGAGGCCAAACGUCCAUGUCGAGCUUCGAAGGACAAGCGAGCCACAGCAGCCUACACCAGACCAAGCCAUGUUUCCCGAUCUGAUCGGGAUGGGUAUGGACACUUUGGACAUUGACUGGGAUGCAAUGCUACCUGACUGGCAAUCUCUGGCUUCAGACGAGCUCGCGCAUACCGCCAUGCCACCUGGCUGA